AGCCCUAGUGGUAAACAUCAGGGUUGCAGUGUUAUUCCAUUUUUUUUAUGAGUGUAUAAAAUGUUAGAAAAUUGCGAAUAGCCUGUUAUAUUUCUUUCCACAGUCCGACACGAUGUCUUCAAAUAUCUGGUUUUGUCCCAACAACAGUCCAAAACACAAAGAUAUUCCGUUUACUGUGAUGUGUGACAAAUUAAAAACAUUGUCUUUUGCCACAGAAAAAAAGGGACUGAUACAAUUAUUGGGUUAUCAAAAUGGCUACCAAUGAAUUCCUGUCUAAUGUUCAAGCUGGAUUAUAGAUCAACCUGAUGAUUAUCAUCCCGAGCAAUUUAGUGAAUUUAGAGCUGAAACCAUUAGUUGUUCAGACAAUUAUUCCACUCAUAGGGAGUAAUUAUUAUCAUUUUUUUUUUUACCAUUAAAUGAUAAUUGAAACAAUUUACAUGCUAUUAAGCCAAACUUUUUUUUGCAUUGGUUCCAUCUUAAGUGAAUAACCGGGACUACAAGCAAUUGUUUCAGCUUAAUUUACCACAAAAGAUGGAUCAUGUUGUUACCAGGAAAUGUUUGGGCCAAUUGUCGUCGGCCCUGUUGCUGGAAAUGAUGCCCGCUAACCACGCACUGCUUCUGUGUCAAGCUGAGCUGUACUGUCAUUUGCUGCAUGGAGAAGAAUUCAAUUAACUUCUCAGAUUUGUGGUGUCUGCCAGAUUUUCUUUGUGUCGUCAUCCGAACAUCAAUCCAUUGCAUCCGUUCAGAUCAACCCCACCGCAGUUCAUCCUUGGCACAGGAGGCCUUCCAUCACAGUGUUUUUUGUAACAGCAUACAUGACUUUUUUGCAGUUACAGAAGACCCAGUAUUUGCAACUAGGGCAGAAUCGUGGACAGUACUAUGGAGGCUCACUGCCCAAUGUCAAUCAGAUUGGAAAUGGCAACAUUGACCUGCCUUUUCAGAACUCGGUGCUGGAUACCAGCCGGACAACCAGGCACCAUGGGCUGGUGGAGCGGGUUUACCGCGACCGGAACCGCAUCACAUCUCCUCACCGCCGGCCGCUGUCAGUCGACAAACAUGGACGCCAAAUUGACAGCUGUCCUUACAGCUCAGUUUACCUCUCCCCGCCGCCAGACACUAGCUGGAGAAGGACAAAUUCGGACUCUGCCUUACACCAGAGCGCCAUGAAUCCGAAGCCCCAGGAGGUGUUUGCAGGGGGAUCACAGGAGCUGCAGCCUAAACGAGUACUGCUGCUAACAGUGCCUGGGAUGGAGGACUCAGAAUCGGAUGCAGAUAAGGAUGCGCAGGAUCAAAUGUGGAAUGAUAAGGAUGACGUAUCAAACCCCAACACGUGCGAUGUCCCGGGAAUCAAUAUAUUCCCAUCACCAGACCAGGAAUUAAAUCCGUCCGUGCUCCCAGCUGCACACAACACUGGCGGUUCGCUGCCUGAUCUGACCAACAUGCAGUUCCCUCCUCCGCUGUCCACCCCGCUGGACCCCGAGGACACUGUGGCCUUCCCCUCCCUCAGCUCGUCCAACAGCACGGGCAGCCUGACCACCAACCUCACCCACCUGGGCAUCAGCGUUGCCAGCCACGGUAUUCCCACCUCCUCUCAGCCCACCAUGACUGUAACGGCACAGCGCCGGCAACCUCCUGUGGUGCCGCUCACCCUCACCUCUGACCUCCACCUCCAACAGUCGCCACAACAGUUCUCACCCACCCUGUCUUCACCUGUCAACAUCACACAGGCCGAAUCGUUGACGCUGGAGCAGCAGCUUUCCCAGUACCCGCUGUUCAGCCAGUUGACGGCUCAGGCCCAGGCCCAGCUGCUCAGUGACCUGCAGAAGCAGCAGCAAGCCCUGUCGCAGGGCAUCCAGCUCAUCAGUUUCCCAACUCCAGCCUCCACUGGAACAGCCAGCAGCCCCUCCCCAGACAGCCAGAGCCAGACGACCGCCAGCAUCAGCAUCAGCUCGUAUCGCAAUCAGACUGGCUCACCAGCCACUCAGUCUCCAACCUCCCCAGUCUCCAAUCAAGGCUUCUCCCCCGGCGGCUCGCCUCAACACAUCCCUGUGGUGGGCAGCAUAUUUGGCGACUCCUUCUAUGAUCAGCAGUUGGCAUCGAGGCAGACCAAUGCACUUUCUCACCAGCUGGAGCAGUUCAACAUGAUCGAGAACCCCAUCAGCUCCACCAGCCUUUACAACCAGUGCUCCACCCUCAACUACACGCAGGCGGCCAUGAUGGGCCUCACUGGGAGCAGCCUACAGGACUCUCAGCAGCUCGGCUACAGUAGCCACGGCAACAUCCCCAACAUCAUCCUUACAGUCACAGGUGAGUCUCCUCCGAGUCUCUCCAAAGAGCUGACCAACUCUCUGGCCGGUGUCGGCGACGUCAGCUUCGACGCAGACUCUCAGUUUCCUCUGGACGAGCUGAAGAUCGACCCGCUCACCCUGGACGGCCUGCACAUGCUCAACGACCCCGACAUGGUGCUCGCCGACCCCGCCACCGAGGACACGUUCAGGAUGGACAGGCUGUGACAUUAGAGGAUGGCUGUGGCCAAAAAGGAAACAAAAGAAAAGAAAAUCACUCCUAACUUGUGAACGGAGAGAAUCAAAGGGCAGGAAGAAACCUCUCCCUCGUUGCAUGGCUGUCCGGCUGUCCGACCUCGCCCCUUAUCUCCGUGAAGUCCUUUUGAAACGACGCGCCAACAAAAGACAGCAGGGAACAAGACGUCCAGUGGCUUGCUGGGGAACGGCCUCGCUGUCCAUUUGAAUGAGCUCGGUCACUCAGCGCUUUCGCUAGCCUGCUGUGUUUACAGUGUACCAUUACAUGCCACUUAUAUUCCAAAAAACGCACAUUUGACAAUUUUUUUUUCUCCCCCCUUGUCAUAUCCAGUUUAUGUUUUGUUUUUGUUUAUAUUUGCUCGUAGCAGGAAGCUGCUCGGACAUUGGGCAAAACUGUUUCCCGUUAUAACGACAAAAACAGAAGAAGAAACAUCCCACAUCCGGUUUGCUUGUACCUGGCGAUCAGGUAAAUUGGUUUUGCCAUCAUGCUGUAACGGCUUUCUAUUUCACACUCAAAGCUUUAUUUUUUGACAACCAAAAGUUAUUUUCAUCAUGUAGUAUAUGUUUUGAUGCUUUGUGUAUUUAUAUGUUCUAUUUAUUUAUUUGGUUAAAGAUUUUUUAUAUUCUAUUUCAUAAUUUAAAUUUGAUGCCAAAAUGCUCUCUGUAAGCAUAGUGUACUAUUGCACUGAUGUGAUUUAUGUCUAUUUAUUUAUUACUAACAUAUUUAUAUAUGUGUUUGUUUAAGCUACUUGGUUUAAUGAAGGAGUGCAAAACCUCCCCAUAGUUGCUCUUUGGUGUUCGAUGUGCCAUUCUCAGAUGUAGGGACAUGGUAGACGAUGCCGUUGCUGCAAACAAACGGUCAAAUUCCAAAAAAUGGGUUCGUUUUCACACCACUUAAGAAAAUACUUUUUUUUUUCUGAGAAAACAAUCAGGUAUUUCUAUUCAACUAGAAAGCAAGAAAAAACGCGUCCAAAUUGAUUUUCUGCCAGUGAAAAGCCAACGCGCACUCAGACCGACGCCGUCUGUCUGUGAACAAGAGAACACUAAAAUGUCAAAUCUUUUUAAGUCGCCACUGUGAAAUCACCUGAUUUUGCCUUACAUGAGUGUUCCACUGUUCUACUUAAGUGUCUGACGUGACAACGUAUUUUCGUAACUUAUUGUAAAAAAAAAAAAAAUCUUGUAUUUGAGAAGGAACUUUAACUUUUGAUCGGUGAUACUUGUGGUUAUGUUGUGUAAGGUUUUGACAAAUCAUUGUACUGUAUUUUGUAGCGGUACAGUUUAUAGCCAAAUUGUCAAUGUUUUUUAAAGUGAGGGAAAAACAAAACUUUGAAAAAAAGGAAACUAAAAAACGUCACAGGAUGGGUUUAAAGUAUUUGAGAAGCGGUGCAAUUAUGGGAAGGCUUUUCGCUCCUUGACGGGGAAGCUCUAACAAAAACGCUGCUGACCUUCGCCACAGGGGUCAUCGAUAGCAAAAGUACUAAUACAGCGCAUUAGAGAUUUUACUGGUGGAUUGUGGGAUAUUUAACAGUAUCAAUCAAAGCCCUCAAAUGGUCGGACCUGUAAGAUGCAAUCUUGCAGUUUCAGAGUUUUAUGAAUAUAAGGAUAUUUUUAUUAUAUUUAGUAAACAUAAUGGAGUACAUAAAGGCUAAAGAGAGGUUCAUUUUAAGAAAGAAUAUGAGCAUAUUUAUAUAUUUAAAGUACUUUAUGCAAUUGUCUGCCAGCGACAAGAUCGGCCUCAUUCUAUUCAGGGUUGUAAACAACUCAAAACGGUCACAACGACAACAGAGGAUGUGGUAGAGACUUAAAUUGUUGCUUCAAGUGUUCACACACACAAGUUCCAUCUGAAACGGUUUAUACUCUCAUCACCUCUUAACUACAUCCAUGACACACAAGUCUCUUCUGCCAAAAAUGUGUCCAAAACCAAUUGUUUCAAAUUGAAUCGUUCACGCCAGAUUUCAGUGUGCGUCGGCCUUUUGUCAGAGUUUCCCUGAGAAGUCGUGUGUGUGUGUGUGGGCCUGUGGGAUCAUGUUUGGUAUAUUGUAAUGUUUUGUGUACAGACGUGCUGAACAUUUACUCACCUGAAGCGCUGUUGGGAAGCGUUCCCAACCUCUCUCUCCUCCUCCUCCUCCUCCUCCUCCACCCUCUUCCCAGAAAAGGAAUCACGUUUGGUUUUCACUACACACCUCUAAAGUUGUACAACUAAGUUUGAGUCAGGGUGUUUCCUUGUCUGCUGUACUCCUCCCAUCAAAGGUUUUGUUUGCCUUCAACAGAUCUGUGAUUCCUAUGCAAAUGAGACACACAAAAAAGAAGAAAAAAAAUCUGCGUCAUUAUGUUUUAUGGUUUAACACUCUCCAGGAGCUGAGCUGGAUUCAUACUUCUGAAAUGGUUUGGUGAUGGAGACACAGAGGCUUUGGUCCAUCUCAAGAAUGUACCUUACACAUUAGAGCUGCAGCUUGUUUUCUCUCUGACGCGGUGCCACGGCGGUAGGAAUUGUUGAUAUCGAGGACAACAAGGUGAAACCUUGGAAGAAAGAUUCAGUAAUGUUUGGAAAUACCUUUUUAUUGUGAUCCAGAGAAGCCGUUUCCAACUGUUAACUCUCUCCGUCGUCGUCGUCGUGCACUAUAAGGAAAACCUGGAAGACGGAGCAGUAUUUUGUGAUAUCUCUGUUUUAUCUAAAUUGUUACUUGUUUGCUCACCGAAGGAUUUCAAGGGCUCUGUAGACUUUGAAAUGAUGACUUUCACCAAACGAUGACUUCACGGCUCAGUUCUCGUGUCUUCUCUUCUUCGGCCGCUGGGACAAAUGUGUGUUUUGAGAUGAAGCUGCAGCUCCUUUGUUUAUCUGAAGUUAAUUAUUAAAAAAAAAGACGCAGACUCGAUUAGUCGGAGGAGACGACGCGUAAUGAAUCGCAGGAUGAGAAGUUUUACAGUGGUGCUAUGACAAUCAAAUCUCUGUACCGGAGAACUAUAAAUCCAGCUUUACUCACCUGGCCAGCGAAUCACUCACCUGGCCUUUUCUGUCUCAUCACUGGUUGAUAAGCCCCUACGUGUUUCACUAUCCCCCUCCACCUGAACACAUUCUGCAUCUUUACCUCUUCUACAGGUUCCUCUGUGUGACUGUUCAGCAUCAAUGCAAAAAAAAUAAAUAAAAAAAAAAUAGCUGUUUGAGAAAAGAAGAAUCCUUUCUCUCUGAUCGUAAAGAGACGAAGGCCAAACUUGAAACUACGCUUAAUAUUUCCGAUCGAUUAAAAAAAACAUGUUACUGUAGCUGCUGAAAAUAUCACUUUAACAGAAGCAGAUUAUCUUUUGUCUGAAGUCCCCCCCCCACCCCCCCCCUCAAAGGUUUUUAUUCCCAAAACAGAAAAAUGUGACUGUUGCAUCGUCAACCAUGCCGGUGCUCUGAGCUUCUCCCGUCAUCCCUGUUCUCUCAUCCUGCCGAUAUAACAGUCGCUCACGCCGACCUUGUACAUAAACGCUGCAGCCGAAACUAAAUGCAUGACUAUACCGACGGUCAAGGCCUCUGAGCCAAGAGCGGCCUCUGCUGCUCCGCAGGUUGGAUUUGUGCAACGUGGCGACGCCGUCACAAAGUCUGAAGGGAUGCAUGUGUGGGGCUUUUCCUCUCCUCCAACUCUGUAUCAUGGUACUUUCACGAAUGAUGAAAAGAAUGUAUUCUCCGUGGCAGUGUCCUCGUUGCAGCCUGUUGCCGAACGACUCGACCUCUCAGAGUUCUUCGUCCCUGGCGACUUCUCUCUCUCUCUCUCUCUCUCUCUCUCUCUCUCUCUCUGUCUCUCUCUCUGUCCAGUCUUCACUUGCUUGUUCAACUCUCUCUCUCCCCACUGUAGCAUCUCACUGUACUAAAGGAGCUCGCUGUCGAUCCCGGCUCCUCCUCCUCCUCCUCCUCCUCCUCCUCCUCCUCACUACCUUUUGACUUUCUUGGGAAAAAAUGGAAGCAGAUGGCAGAGGCACGGGCACUGGUCGUUCGCAUAAACGUUGACUUGAAUAUUCUGACGCUUCUUGCAUCACGCUGUCAACUGCAUGACAUGAUAGACCCAUUGAGCUGAUUCCUCAUCCCGUGUACAGGCCUCGGAUCUCGCCGUGCCGAGUGUGUCCUAUGACAUCAGAUUAAUUUGUUUUAUGUUGUUGCCUAUCAUGUCAGGUUGUGGACUGGGUAAAGUGUAAUUCUGUGUUUUUGUUUUCUUCCCUUUCUAUUUCUGUGCAAUGGUUUGUCCACUAGUUGCUUGGCACUUUAUUUGUGGCUUCCUGGCUCCUGAGCAGGGACUGUUCUGCCCGAUGUGAAUGCUGACUCUUUCACUAUACAGAUGUAAAUUCAUCCGGAGAUAUUUUUCAUGUCAAAGAAGAAAAGAUGAAUUCUCUAUUUUCCUUUGUAAACUAUA